AUGUUUAAAUUAGGUGUUGUUCAUCUCGGUUUAAGAAAUUUAAAUUUCACAACAAAAACAGCAACUAAUGUAAAGUGUUAUACAGUUAGUAGUGUAAAAAUGGAUAAAGAAAUUUUAGAGAAAGCAAAGAAAUUGGCUGGUUACAAAGCUGUCGAUGAUAAUUUAAAGAGUGGAUUGCGUGUUGGUAUUGGAAGUGGCUCCACUAUUAAAUAUGUUGUAGAUCGUAUCAAAGAGUUGGGUUUGGAUGUCAUUUGUGUGCCAACUUCAUUCCAAUCGACACAACUCAUUGUCAACGCCGGCUUGACACUCUCUGACUUGUCGCGUACACCCGAGCUCGAUAUCACCAUCGACGGUGCCGACGAAGUCGAUUCACAGUUGAAUUGUAUCAAGGGUGGCGGUGCUUGCCAGCUGCAAGAGAAGAUCGUCGCCGCUGCCUCGAAGCGUUUGGUAAUCGUUGCCGACUUCACCAAGGACAGCCAGGCGUUCGGUCAGCAGUGGAAGCGUGGUAUCCCAAUCGAGGUGGUGCCAAUGGCAUACGUGCCCGUUAUGAACAAACUCAGUUCGAUGUCACUCAAGCCAGUCUUGAGAAUGGCAGUCAACAAGGCCGGUCCAGUGGUGAGUGACAACGCCAACUUUAUCAUCGACGCACAAUUCGAGUCGAUCUCUAACGUCGCCGAACUGGCAACCAAAAUCAAAAUGAUUCCGGGUGUAGUAGAGACCGGACUUUUCGUAAACAUGGCUUCACGUGCUUAUUUCGGACAACAAGAUGGUACCGUUAAAGAGAGAACCAUUUAG